AUGAUAUGGAGAGAUGAUGGUGAUAUUCCUGCUAGUCGAAGCCGUUGUGAGCCUAUCGAAAUUCCAUUAUGUAAAGAUAUCCCAUACAAAUAUACGUAUUUCCCAAACUCGCUGCUACAGCCUGAUCAACAAAGUCUACAAACCCAAACGGAGCACUUCAAACCGUUGAUCAAAACGAAUUGCAAUCCGCACAUUAAAUUUUUUAUAUGCAGCGUAUUUGCGCCAAUGUGUCCGGAACAUAUGCCGCAAGCGGUCACCAGCUGCCGAUCCGUUUGUGAAGAGGUCAAACGAGAUUGCAUCUCAAUUUUAUUAGAAUUUGGAAUCGACUGGCCAGAACCGUUGAAUUGCAGUCGAUUUCCGGAAGCACCAAAUUUGUGCAUGAAACCAACAAACGAUCAAAAUAGUUAUCUGGGACCAGAACAAUUUGAUACAGAACAUCGAGACCCAGUGGCAAGUUUGGAAGAACGAAUAUUUACAAAAACGAUGACAUCAUGUCCACAUGAUCUGGUUAAUCUUGACCCCACUGAUCGUCAUGGUUUUUGUGUUUUUCAAUGUAAUCGUGAAGGAAUGUUCGAUGUUUCCAAGAAGGAAUUUGCCCGAUUUUGGAUGCUUUUAUGGGCUUCCAUUAAUCUUGGUGUUACCGCAUUCACUGUUCUUACAUUUAUUAUUGAUCGACAGCGUUUCCGUUUUCCUGAGAGAAUGGUUGAAGUGCUGGAUGAGUUACUUUAUAAAGUAUGCCUAAUAAAUGACUAUGUCAAAAGGAGUGAACUGAAUAGAUCGGGUCAUGAUCAGGUUACGAUGGUAUAA